CGUUUGUUGAGUUUUCUUUCAUAGCCAUCAAUGUCUGAAGAAGUUACUUAUGCAGAUCUAAACUUCCAGGACUCCAAUAAGACAGAAAAUAUCCAGAAGUUUGACAAAGGUGAGAUAAAAGUUUAUGUAACUUCAAAGAUAGAAAUGGGAAGAUUGAAUGAACUCCAGAAUUUCACAGAAGAACUUCAGAGAAAUGUUUCUUUACAACUGGUGCAUAACACGGACAGUUCCAAGAAGAUCAGGGACCUCUCUGUCACUCUGCAAAAAAUAGCCACCAAAUUAUGCCAUGAGCUGUAUAGCAAAGAACCAGAGCACAAAUGUAAACCUUGCCCCAAAGAGUGGCUGUGGCAUGAGGACAGCUGUUAUCUAUUUUUACCUAAGGAUCCUAAAACCUGGCAAGAGAGUAACAGGAUAUGUUCUGCUAAAAAUGCCAACCUGUUGAAGAUUCAAAGUGAAAGUGUGUUGGAAUUCAUAAAAUCCCAGGAACUAAGUAGGUAUUGGCUGGGAUUAUCUCCCAGUAAAUACAAAAAAGACUACCACGCUUUGGAUGAUGUAAUUGUCUCCUCUGACUGGUUUGUAAGAAACACAAAUGACUUAAAUGGUAAGAUGUACUGUGGAUAUAUACAUUAUGAGAGUGUUUAUUACGCUGAGUGCACUAACAAAAACAGAAUUAUAUGUGAGAAGUUGGCUGACUCAGUGCAGAUUGACAGCACACUACACUACUGAGUGAAGCACCAGAUGGAAGAAGAGUGUAAUUAGCACAAUUACUUUGAUUCAGCUGUUGUCCUAACAAUUAAAGGCAACUUUAGAGAGCAUACAUCUAGUGGACCACACAAAUGGAAUAAAGGCGCUGUGAGACUAAGUUUCUGCCUACAAUUUACAUUUUCAAACUUUCUUCGCUCUCCUCAUUUGCUGAGUGAAAGGAACCUAAAGCCAUACCGUAUCAUCCAGAUACAGGCCCAAUUGGAAGAACAUACAGAAGAAAUUACUCAAAAUUAAAGAGAUAUGAAGAGCAUGGUGGACUCAGACAAUGAAGCCAAGUGAUCUAAUAUGUAAAUAAUAAGAGUCCAUAAAGAGGAAAAAGAACAGAUGUGAACAAGGAAAUAAUUAUAGGAUUGAUUAGAUACACUCUAGUACUGAGAAAUAGGGAGAAAAAUAAUUGCCAUUCACCCACCC